CCGAUGCUAGGCUAACUAUCGUUAGCUACCGGGAGCGGACAUGUUGUACCGACCCUUCCGUGAAUAAACAUCGCUGUAAGCGGGCAUUCAGGAGUUUAGGGUUUCGCUCGGAGCUUUGGGCAAUCAUGGACGCCGUCAACGCCUUUAACCACGAGUUAUUCUCGUUGAUGGACUCCAAGCCCCCAAUCUCAAGGGCUAAGAUGAUCUCCAUCACCAAGUCAGCCAUCAAAGCUAUGAAACUCUACAAACACGUGGUCCAGAUUGUGGAAAAAUUUAUCAAAAAGUGUAAGCCUGAGUACAAGGUAGCGGGCUUGUAUGUGGUGGAUUCCAUUGUUAGGCAGUCUAGACACCAGUUCGGAUCAGACAAGGACGUGUUUGGCCCAAGGUUCACCAAAAACAUUACAGGAACCUUUGAGAACCUUUGCCUUUGCCCAGUAGAGGACAGGAGUAAGAUCGUGCGGGUGUUGAACCUGUGGCAGAAGAAUGGGGUGUUCAAGAUUGAGGUUAUUCAGCCGCUCCUGGACAUGGCAGCUGGCUCGAGCAGUGCUGCUGCACCCUACACAGGAUCAGAUGACCCAGGUUCUUCCCCACCUCCAGCCAAAGAGCCGGUUACUGCAGUAACGGCAAACUCCACCAUGACACCGGCUGCUCAGCUGCAAAACUCUGAUGCCUUUGCUGCUGUGGCGCAGCUCUUCCAGUCCACGCAGGGUCAGCAGCUUCAGCAGAUGCUCCAGAACUUUCAGCAGCAGCCAGUGAAGCCUGACACCAACACUCCGCCUCCUGUCCCUACCGUUCAAACACAGGCCCCGAAUGUCACCACUGGCCAGGGCAUGGUCACCCCGCAGCCACCUCUGCCCACCCAAGCUGCUCAGCAGAAGACAGCAUUUGACAAGAAGUUGCUGGACCGGUUCGACUAUGAUGAUGAACCAGAGGUUGGAGAAGAAACAAAAAAGGAUGAAAUGUCAUCACAAGCCUCUUUUAUGCAGCAGCCUCCAGCCUUCCCACAGCACAUGGAGCACUUUAAACCAUCGAUGCUUAACAUGUUUCAAGACCUCUCACAACAGGCUCCUCUGCCUCCGAAUGGACAGCCUCAGGCUUAUGGUUUACCUCCAGGACAAAGCUUCCCAGUUAUGAUGCCUCAUAUGGGGCAUGCUUUGCCAGGCCAGACGCUCCCUGGUUCUACUGGCCCACCAAGCUUCCCAGGAGUAUUUCCUCCCCAAAAUACCGCCCAGCAACAACAGGAUUUGUCUGUGGAUGUGGACCGAUCGUCUAUGAGAGAUGGCAGACACGGUCGACGGUCGAACUCAGGCUCCAGGUCUCCAAAGCGGAGGAGGUCACGGUCUAAUUCCCGUACACGACGAUCCAGGCACAGGCGGUCGCGCUCUCGCUCCAGAGACCGUCGUCACCAUUCCCCACGCUCGCGCUCGCAGGAGCGCAGGGAGAGAGAGAAGGAGAGAGAGCGACGGCAGAAAGGCCUCCCACCACCCAAGAGCGAGACACUAAGCAUUUGCAGUACAACUCUGUGGGUGGGCCAGCUGGACAAGAGAACACAACAGCAAGAUGUUGCCUGUUUACUGGAGGAGUUUGGGCAGAUAGAGUCCAUCAAUAUGAUUCCUCCGCGGGGCUGUGCCUAUAUCGUCAUGAUACAUAGGCAAGAUGCUUUCAGGGCUCUGCAGAAGCUUAGUAGAGGAUCUCACAAAGUGAACCAGAAAACUAUCAAGAUUGCUUGGGCUUUGAACAAAGGCAUAAAGUCUGAGUUUAAACAGUACUGGGAUGUGGAGAUGGGUGUCACCUUUAUACCAUGGUCUAAAAUCAGAGAGACCCAGUUGGAGGAGCUAAAAGAAGGAGGAAUAUUGGAUCCAGACACCUUAUCACCAGAGUGGAGUGGAGCGAGGAAGACUCUUGGCCUCCUGGAGGAACUCACCCACAACGGCCGUUCUGAGCCCCAGCAGCCUGAGGAACCACAAGUAAUACCUGUGGCUGCCGCAGCUGCUCCUCCUGCACAGGUUCCUCCAAUGCAGCAGCCAAUGGUUGGUGUGGGUUCUCUCCAGCCUCCUGUUUUUCCUGGUCCCAUAGGCCUGCCUCCACCUUCCUUCCCUCCAGGCGUCCCCCCUCCUCCUUUUAUCAGACCUGGCUUCAACCCUAUGCAGCUUCCUCCAGGUUUUCCUCCCCCAGGUGCGAUGCCCCUGGGUCCCCCACCUCCCUCCAAAGGUGGAGUUGAAGACCCGCCUCUGGAUCCAGUGGGUCUUGGCAACAGGAAACAUGACGAGGUCCCGGAAGGUCCCAACAUUUUCAACAACCAGAUAGGACCUUUGGGUAACCCAGUAGGUGGACCUCCAGGUUCUCUCCCAAGUGGUCCUCCAGGAAACAUCCCACCCCCGUCUGCUGGUUUGCUUGGCGCGCGGCCCGGUAUAAUCCCGCUCCAGCGUCCUCCGGGUCCCCCACCACCACACAUACGUUUCCCUCCACCCCACGGGCCAAGACCUCCUCACUCCAGCUUGCCUCCUAUGCCCCCACAGAUGAUACCCAGAGGGCCACACCCUCAAAUAAUGCAUCAUGACACUCCUCCACCUAAAGGGGGCUUUGGGAUGCUCCCUCCCCACAAUAUAAGGGCUCCUUUCCCUCCACAUGGCCCACCUCCUCAAGGUCCUCCUCCUCCUUUUAUCAGACCAGGGGGACCACGCGCCCUGGAUGGGCCAGAAGAAAUGGACAGCAGACCAUUCAGGGGAGACAGGCCUGGGUUUAGGGACCGAGAGCCAGAGAGGGACAGGGACUGGGAUCGAGACAGGGACAGGGACAGAGAGAGGGACAGAGGCUUUGGAGGUGGAAGGCGUCCAUUUGGUGAUGGAGGGAGGGGAGGAAGUGGUGAUAGAAUGGAUGGAAGGGACCGGCUCGGAGGCUGGCAGGAAGAAGGAGGAGAUCACCGGGGAGGAGGAUGGGAGAGAGACAGAGAUCGGGAUAGAGACCGCGAUCGAGACAGAGACAGACGGGACUGGAGGGAGAGGCGAAACAGCCUGGAUAGCGACAGGGAGCGAGGGAGGGGAGAUGAUGGGGAGAGGGAUCGAGGGAGGGGAGAGGGAGGAGGGAGAGGGAGGGUAGAAGGUGGGAGUCAAAACAGAGGCAGAGGAGCUGAAGGAAAAGAAGGGGACAAGCCAAGGAGAGAACGCCGAGAGAGGACCACGCGGUGGGACAGGGACGAUCGAUUGGCCGAACUGGAAAAAAUGGACAUAUUUCGGACCUCUAACACCACAGAGCAACCCCGGGUGACCCCUGCGGUUACCACGGAAACCAGUAAAGAACCAAGUGCGGAAGCUUCUGAAAAGAAGGCAGAAUCUGAACUUUUAUCUCCGUCCCCAGGGGUAACUGCUGCUGCAGGAGAGCCGAAGCCCUCCGAGCCCUCACCUUCAGCUCAAAGUGAGCCCACAGAAGCAAAACAGGAAGCAGCAUCAUAGACUGGCUCACUGCUCCUUCAGUCAGAGACUGCUGUGAACCACUGAAGAUUUAAAAAAAAAAAAAAGGUGUUUUUUCACUCUGAGUCAGCCUCAACUCCUGGCAUAUGAAUUCUAACUCGUCACAGUUUAUCAGUUGGUAAUUGACAGUUUCUGGGCAGUAACACGCGUCUUGAAAACAAACAUCUCCCACGUGCUGUCAAACAUGUAAAACGGAUGUUUUCUGACAUUACAGCUUAUGGUCAAAUUUAGCUUUCGUUUUUUGAAACACAUGACAACACAAGAAUCGGUUUGGUAAAAUUGCUAUAGUUAAAUAUUGGCUGUUAACUGUUUUUCCCCUAAGUUAUAUGAAUUAACAGACUGCUUGCAUGUUAACAUAAUGUCCAUUUGAGGUUAAUUUGAUUUUAGCUUUUAUGUUUUUACUCAGAUUGGUGUGCAAACGGAGGAUCAGCUGACUUGUAUGACAAAUUUCUUUUUACCUCAUUGCCUUAUCUGUGUGUCAGCAGGCACUCCUCAUUAAGAUGAAUAUGUUCUUUUUUUUUUUUUUUAUUUUUUUUUUUUUUAAAUCUGCCAAAAUGUAAUUUCAAAUACAAAAUUUCAAAUACUGGUCACAAUAUAGGCACCAUUUAUUUUUCUUUGUUUUCAUCUCAUUUUGUGUGUCAUGUUGGCUCCUCACUGCAAGAUCACCAUAGACUGUGGUAGCCUUAAAAUCCAAGUUACUUGUAGGUGUUUAAAAUUGAGAAAAAAAAUUACAAAUUGGGGAAAACAAGUCAAGAUAAAUUACACUGAGAAUUAGGCCUGAUACAUUGCUCUCAUGUAUUGUUGAGGUCUAUUGUUGGAUAAGUUCCCACUUUUCACCCUUUGAACUACAAUUUAUUUGAGACAGAACAAAGAGGAGCGCUGUCUUCAUUAUUUAGAAAUAUCCACUCUAAAUACAUGAUUUUAUUUCAUUUUUUAUGUAUUGCACUAGUCUAACAAACAUAGAAGCUGAUCUAAUUCUCACAAGGUCUGUGAACCAAAUGUGGUCCUCAUGUUUUGCUGAUAACAGGAAUCACACCCAAUUCCUUGCAGUAUAACUAACACUCAUAUAAUUCAUAAUAAUGUUUAGGGAACCAAGAACGCUUCACAUUAAUAGUGUAAGUCUUUCAUAUGUGCAUAUAAUCAUUGUAGCUGGAUACAAAAAUAUUGGAGAAAAACAAACCAUUGAAAAAAGCUCAAAACCAAGGACUUAAACAGUGGCAUAAUUAAAUUCAUUUUGCUUAACUAACAGUGUGACUGAUGGACCAGGAGGCAUUUCACAUAAGACAUUUCAAUAUAACAUGCAGAAAAAAUAAGAACAAAAGAAAAGGUAAAUCUUGUGUUAUAUCUCCCCUGGGAUAUUUAGGAGGUAAAGAUAUAAGGUGAUGUUAUAUAAGUGGGCUUUGUUUCAGACGUAUGAGUUGUCUACACAGAGAUAUUGGGAUAUCCAUUUGCAAAGAAAUGAACUUAAACCCAGAUUAGCUGCUCAGAACUCAUUAAAAAAAGAACAGAUUUUUCUCUUAAGUGGAUUUUCAUCAUGUUUUCUAUUAAUUCUUUUGACAGUCAAUUUUUCAAAACUAACAUUUACAUCCAAGUGGAAGUAAACUACCAUUCUAGGAUGUGUAUAUUUAGUAAUUUUUUUUUCUGUUGUCUGAAUUUGACUAAAUGUGUAACUUUAUUUUUCAGUCAAGGGAUAAAGUAGAACUUUUUGUAGAUUGAACACAUGUUGUGUAAUCCACAAAAAACUGCACAAAUUCAGGUGCCAGAGUGGAUUUUUGAGCAUUGUGUAUUCACACGUUAGAGGGCAGAUUCUAUAAGUUUUAUGUUUGUGGUCUUUCCUUUUCCCGGUGUGUGGGGAAAAAAGCAGAAAUCUCUUGGAUCAGACGAGACUUUUUUUUUUUUAUUUGUCACAUGUACUGUACGUCAGUCAAAUUCAGAUAGAAGCUGAUUUUGGCCACAAAAAUACAAUAUGUAACCCUGUAGCUGAAUUCUGUUUAGUCUUUGACACAGCUUUUAAACUCAGUAUCUGAUUCACUGCAGACAAACUGCAUCUGAUAUUAAGUUAACAUUUAAAGCCCAGAUUCUGCAAGCCCAACUCUUGUUCAUGAAUAAAUUUAACACAGAGGCACCAAGGACAAAACUAAAGUGACAAAAUGAAAUGUUGCUUGGGAGACACUGCUGUAAAUAUGCUUGUAUCACUGAUGAUUCAGAGGUGUAAUGGUAAUUGUUGUUAAUGAUCUGUGAUUUGUUUAUCUGAGAGAAGCAAACUGAUUUUGGAAGGAACGACAGAGGCCUCUUGCUUUAACUUUUUUUAAACUCCUAAUGGUUUGAAAGUUGACAGAUGUUUCUAUGAUUUGUUAAAAACACAAAAGACAUGGACAUUAAAUCUUCAAUAUUUCAGCCAGGGGAUAUUGUUUUUAAUAAAACU